AAACCAGGUUUAACUUUACAAGUUUUUGCCACCAGUGAACAAGACCUUUCUCUUAAACUCAAAAUGCACAUGAUUCAGUUAUUAUAUCCAGCCUUUCUGCCCUUGACUUUGUGUGGAUUUGUCAAUGGAUAUGUGAUCUCGCAGCAAUAUCCUUCAGUGAGGAUACAGCUAGGAGCCUCCAUAACUUUUCACUGCCAUUUUCACACAGAAGGCUACUGCUCAAUUUUCUGGAUAAAAGUUCCUUCUAUAGGAGCUCCUAUCCACAUAGCUAAUGUACAUUUAAAGACGCACCAUAUGGAAAUGUUUGGGGAAUUUAAAAAUAACUCUCAAAUCAUGGUUAUUUUGAAUGAAAGUAACUUCAGCUUGUCAUUUUUGGACACUGAACUAGCCGAUGCUGCGACGUACAUUUGUGGAAUGCGAUGUUAUGAUGUGUUACAGUUUGGAAAUGGGAGCAGGCUGAUUGUUGAAGAUACAGCUGCAACUGAACUAACAAUCCCAGCUGAAACUGAAGGAAAUGUAAAAGGGUCCAUUUUUGACUACGCUGUGCCAGUCCUAUCAGUGACAAAUGUGGCUUCAAUCUUUAUCAUUCUUGCUCUCAUUUAUCGUCUUAUAAAAAAGAAAAAAACAGAUGUGACAGGACCAGUCCACAGAGAAAAUAAAAUGAAUGCAGACGAUGUAAUCUACAGUAGUCUCAGAUUCUCCAGAGACUUAGAUUAUAUCCCAAUAAGAACACAAAGACUAAGAAGAACCAGCGAGGAAGACUCAGUCAUAUAUGACUCUCUGAAAGUCUGAACGAGAAACGACUCUUACCCCUUAACUAAUGCAUCCCUCCCUGUUUUCUAUUCUGUAUGUUCACUGUUAAUUUAUAAAUCCAUUAUGUUAUAUUAUAUCUGUAAUAAAUAUUCAGCUUCUAAAAGCCAAGAUGACUUUUCACAUUUAUGAGCAUGAAUUUCAUUACACAUAGUAACAAAAUGUUAAGGAACGUGUGUGGUAAUUGUAUAUUUCUGGUUUUGGUUUGAUGUAUUUGUAUAUUUUAAACUAAUAUUGUGUUGUUUCAUUUAAAGAAAAGUGAUGCUGCUGUGCUUUUUUUAAUGACACUGUUUAUAUUAUUAUAUACUACAUGUAUUCUUCUUGCUUGUUACUGCCAUAAAAGUGUUGCAUACAUCCUUUCUUAAGAUUGUACUCGAGUGAA